GCGGCCGAGCCGCCGAGCACAGCUGUCUCCUUUUAUUUCUUCGCUACCGCUUCUCUACCGGACAUUUGAUCGCUCUGAAGAACGGCGAUCUCAUUGUAACCAGUCCGAAAAGAGAACUCGGGGCACUCGAAAAAUGGCACUUCCCAACCAGCAGCAGGUGGAUUACCCUAGCUUCAAGCUAGUAAUCGUCGGGGAUGGUGGCACAGGGAAGACUACUUUUGUCAAGCGACAUCUAACGGGGGAGUUUGAGAAGAAAUAUGAGCCUACCAUUGGUGUUGAGGUCCAUCCUCUGGAUUUUCACACCAACUGUGGGAAAAUCCGUUUCUAUUGCUGGGAUACUGCUGGGCAGGAAAAGUUUGGCGGGCUAAGAGAUGGAUAUUACAUCCAUGGACAGUGUGCUAUCAUUAUGUUUGACGUCACCGCUCGACUUACUUACAAAAACGUUCCAACUUGGCACAGAGAUCUCUGCAGGGUCUGCGAGAACAUUCCUAUUGUUCUUUGUGGAAACAAGAUUGAUGUUAAGAACAGGCAGGUGAAGGCAAAAAUGGUAACAUUUCACAGGAAGAAGAAUCUUCAGUACUAUGAAAUCUCUGCCAAAAGCAAUUACAAUUUUGAGAAGCCAUUCUUAUAUCUAGCAAGAAAACUUGCAGGGGAUCAAAACCUUCACUUUGUUGAGUCCCCUGCUCUUGCUCCUCCAGAAGUGCAAAUCGACCUUGCUCAACAGCAACUGCAUGAGCAGGAGCUUGCUGCUGCAGCUGCCCAGCCCCUUCCUGAUGAUGAUGACGAGUCUCUCGAUUAAGGUGAAUGCCCUGAAUAACCUGGAAUGAGUUAUGGUCUAAACAAACGCCUUGUAUGUUGAGGAGAUUUAUUCGUUCUGAAUGCAAGGCGAUUUAUUAUCAGAAUGUUACUAGAGUCGAUUGCAUACUGUCAUUUACCUUUAUUCCAUUUAAAUUGGUUGUAAACUUGUGGUGUGUGGAAUUCCUGUUUCCAAAUGUUUUUGAGGUGUCAAAAUUUUCAGUAUUUCUGAGAUUUUGAAAUUUUCAUCU